AUGAGGAAGAAGAAGCAUCUCACAUUGUUUACGAUGAGCAAGACCCACUUGAAGAUGAGUUUGCACGUGCAGUAAUGCGCCGUGACCGACAGACACUGUUCCACUUCUAUUAUAUGCCUGAUUCAUAUGACUCUUGGGCAGCUAGUGUGGAAUUGGACUAUGACCCUCCUGAAUCACCACAAUUUUUUGAUGGACAGUGGAAGGUAUGUGCUAACUGGUUGCAAGACUUGGAAUCCUAUAAUGAGUGGAUGAAUGAAGAAGAUUAUGAGGUGGAUGACAGCGGCACUAAGAAAAAGCAUCGGGGAUGCUUGAGUGUAGAUGACACAAUGGGCCUCAGUGAUCCAGAUAAAAAGAAGAAAGCUAAAAAGAGACCACGAUCACCACCAUCACCACGUUCCAAAAGGAAAGGAGCACGGAACACUACCACGCCAGGAAAACCAGUAAAGAAAACAAAAAUGGAAGAGGAGGAAGAGGAUCUAACUAGGGAUAUGGAAGACCCAGCCCCUGAACCAACUGUCACUGAAGUUACUACUGGUUCUAAAGUACAACCUAGCAAAGGAGGAAAUUACAUGGAUCUGGAUGAGGAAACUGCAGAGAAGACAGAAAAAACUGAAGGACCACCUAUUCCUGACAGCGAGGACACUGCCACUGACCAGACCCACCACAUCAUUGUGCCAAGCUAUGCAGCUUGGUUUGACUACAAUGCCAUUCAUGCUAUUGAGAAGAGAGGCCUUCCAGAAUUUUUCAAUGGCAAAAACAAGUCAAAAACGCCUGAAAUUUAUCUAGCAUACAGAAACUUCAUGAUAGAUACUUACAGACUAAAUCCAACAGAAUACUUGACAUCCACUGCAUGCCGCCGUAACCUUGCUGGAGAUGUGUGUGCUGUGAUGCGUGUACACGCAUUUCUUGAACAGUGGGGGCUCAUUAAUUACCAGGUUGAUGCUGAUGCCAGGCCUACACCAAUGGGACCUCCACCAACCCCCUUUUUUCAUGUUUGGCAGACACCCCCCGGACUUCAGUCAAUCACCCUCCAAGGUUUUUUCUUUUAA